AUGAAAAGGAUUGUGGUCUGCUGCGAUGGCACUUGGCUGGACGCCAGCAUGGGUCUCUCCAAAGGGAAGCUCCCGAUCCCAAGCAACGUCACUCGGAUCUCGGAAGCGAUCAAGCCUGUGAGCUCAAGAGGCGUUCAACAGGUCGUCUUUUACCAGGCCGGGAUAGGAUCAACGGGAAAUAUCCUCAACCGAGUCAUCGGAGGGGCUACAGCAGAAGGCUUGUCUACUAACAUACGUGACGCUUAUGCAUUCAUCUGCAAUAAUUAUUCUAUGGACGACGAGAUUUUUCUAUUUGGCUUCUCACGUGGAGCCUUCACUGCUCGGAGCAUAGCGGGUCUCAUAGGUGGCGUUGGGCUUCUGACGAAGGCUGGCUUACCAAGUCUCGCGGAAGUUUUCAAAGACUUUGAAAACCGCGAGAACCCAAAUUACCAACCAGCAAACCCGGACAGCCCCUUCCCAAACAAACCAAGUGUUUCGGAUCCGAGAUACGAGGAAGAACUUGAGAAGCGGGAUCUUACCAGGCUUGAUAUCGAGAUAAAGGUGGUCGGAGUGUUUGAUACGGUGGGCUCGUUAGGUAUACCACGCAUCCCAUGGCUUGAAAGACUGCAUUUGCAGACCAGAUCUACGAAAGAGUAUCUCUUCUACGAUACGAAUUUGAACAACCGCAUUCAGAACGCUUUUCAAGCGCUGGCGCUGGAUGAACAUCGUGCCUCCUUCUCUCCAAGUGUGUGGGCGAAGCCACGCAACAAUGCAACCAAUCUGAGACAGAUUUGGUUCCCUGGCGUACAUCAGAACAUUGGUGGCGGAUAUCCUGAUCAAGGCGAAUCCAAUAUCACGUUGGCCUGGAUGAUGGCACAGGUUGAGCCUUUCCUCGAGUUCGACGAAGACUAUAUCCUGGAUCAGUAUGACCAGACGGAGGCGUAUUAUAAAAAUUCUGGGCAGAAAAAAAGGCCAUGGAGUUUCGGCAAGAUUUACAAGUCCAUGACCGGGGUGUACGUUCUUGGUGGGCGAGAGACUCGCACGCCUGGCUUAUAUUGCCAAGUGGACCAGGACACUGGCAAGUCGACUGGUAAAUCGCUCCGGGACACGCAUGAGUAUGUGCAUCCCUCAGCUCGCUCACGAAUUGUGCUUCGAGGACCAGGAGUAGAAGAUAAAGGGAAAUACGACUGCGACGCCUUGAACCCUUACAAGCUGAAAUAUAUGGAUGAGACAGCCGACAAACGACCGACCGCUUUUUGGGAACUACGCUCUCGUCGUAAAGGGUCCGGUCCGAAGAAGGAGUUACCAGAGAGUCCGCUAUGGACAUUUGAAAAGGAACUCUUGAGGGAAAGUCCCCGAGUGUACGACUUCAUCUACGGAAAGCCUCAAGAUUUGCAACAACGAUAG